AUGCCGUCCGAUGCUGAUCUCGCGCGUAGCAUUUCCGAGCUCAAAGACGAGUUUCGUUCUGGCUUAUCUUCUUUAAAGAGAGAACUUGCACAAGAACACGACGCUGCGCUGAAGAAGCUCAAGACAGCUACUGCUAGUGUUCCGAAAUUUAAAAAGAAAGGCAACGAGAAGCAGUUCUUACUUAAUUCUGAAGUUCUUGAACACGUCCAUUCUGCUUCGACCGCCCUUCAGGCGUCUUCGCCUCAAGUUGAAAAGGCCUUGGAAGAGUUAAAGGAAGGUGAGAAGAAGCUCUCUCAUCGUAAUAAGCUCAUUCUUAUUGCCAAUUCCUCCGAAGAGGGGUGGGAAGUCGUAAACGAGUACCAGCGUCGGGAUCUUGCUGAUGACAGCGACGAUUACAAGCGUAUAAGGCAGGCUGAAGUAAGGACUUCACAGAAACGCCGGCGAGCUCAAUUGGCGAAGAAAAGUUCGUCUCUCCGUCCUCAAAAGCCCUCCACUCCGCCGGUUCCCUCGCUGUCCUACGUCGUUUCUGGUUACGGCACUCCAGUCUCUCCUUCUUAUCCUGCCGUCUCUCUACCAGGUUCUAAUUUUUCGAAUCCGUUCGGUGCUGUCAAUUGGCCUAAGGCUCACCGUGGUUCGCGUGUUGGCAGUUGCCUUGCUUGUGGCAGCUUCGGCCAUUUCAGGAAUCAGGAUGUUGGUGCACUCGUCGAGGACACAGAUAAGUUAAGGAACUUUGUUGAAGAUGAUAUUGACUUUUUUGAAUAUGAAUAGGGUCGUAGUUCUACUAUCGUUGUAGCCGGUAGGCUAAAAUCCCAUAUUCAGUUUUGGCGUUCUAUAGCUGCCAGUCAAUUUAUUCUAGAUGUCAUCGAGCAUGGUUAUCGUAUUCCUUUCCACUCUACACCCCCUGUUAGUUUUUCCAGUAAUAAUAAGUCAGCUUUGGCGCAUUCUGAUUUUGUUAACGAAGCUAUUUCCGAAUUGUUGGUUACCAAUCGCAUUUUUGAAUCGGGGGUCCUGCCCCAUAACGUCAACCCUCUCUCCGUUUCUAUUCAGUCAUCUGGGGAAAAGAGGUUGAUCUUGGAUCUUAGGUUUGUAAAUAAGCAUGUCUGGAAGCAAAAGGUCAAGUUUGAGGAUGUUAAGGUUGCUCUAAAUUAUUUUGACAAGGGUCAUUUCAUGUUUUCAUUUGACAUUAAGAGCGGUUAUCAUCAUGUGCUUAUCUUCCCGCCCCACCAGACAUUUUUGGGUUUUUCCUGGUUUUAUCAGGGUAAGGUCCGUUAUUUUUGUUUUAGGGUCCUGCCCUUCGGCCUCUGUUCAGCCCCUUUUGUUUUAACAAAGAUUUUUAGGCCUCUCGUUGCCUACUGGAGGCGGGAUGGUAUUCACAUUGUUGUUUAUCUUGAUGAUGGUUUAGGGGAGGGGCCUUCAUAUCAGGUUGCUUUAACCCAUUCCACCAGGGUUAAGACUGAUUUGGUUCGUUCUGGCUUUGUACCCAACCUCGAGAAAUCUGUUUGGGUUCCUACAUCAGUCCUUGAUUGGUUGGGUUUCACCAUUGAUCUUUUUCAGGGUUUGCUUUUUGUUCCCGGGAUAAAGCUCAAGCGGGUUGUUUCUGAUAUUGAUUCCCUUUUAGAGGCUAAUUGUUGCACCGCCAGGGAACUGUCCGCUCUUGCUGGUGAUAUUAAUUCCUUUAAACUAGCUGUUGGUAAUGUUACUACACUGAUGACAAAGUUUAUUCAUAUGUCCAUCGUCCUUCAGCCUAGUUGGGACUCUAGGUUUCCUUUGUCCGAUUCUGUCAAAGAAGAGCUUUUUUUCUGGAAAGAGAACGUUCGGUGUUUGAAUGGGAGGCCCAUUGGGUGUCACUUUUCAUGUUCUCUUUCCAUUGUUUAUUCAGAUGCUAGUGACCUAGGGGUUGGCGGUGUUGUUAAAGACCACCAGGGUGUUAUUUGUCAUCUUCCGUGGACUGCUAAUGAAAUGUUUCGCAGCUCCACGUGGCGUGAGCUUAAGGCAGUCUAUAUUUGUCUCUCUAGUUUUUCCGUAGUUUUGUCAGGGCGCGCAGUUCAAUGGUUCACGGAUAACCGCAACAUUCCGUCCAUUAUUCGCAACGGGAGUAUGAAGCGGGAUUUGCACGAAAUUUCCCUCUCUAUUUUUCAACUAGUUUUGCGAAAUGGUAUUGAUUUGCAGGUGGACUGGAUUCCUAGGUCUCUCAAUGAGCAUGCGGAUGCCAUAAGUAGGAUCGUUGGUUUUGAUGACUGGGGUGUUUCGUUUGAAUUUUUCCACCAUGUAGACAACAUUUGGGGUCCACAUUCCGUAGAUCGUUUUGCCAAUUCCCAUAACCGCAAAUUACCCAGAUUCUUUUCCCGUUUCUGGAAUCCUGACUCGGAGGGGGUGGAUGCCUUUUGGCGGGGGAGAAUAACUGGCUCGUUCCCCCAGUGUCCCUUGUUCCCCGGGUUAUUAGGCAUUUGUUUGUAUGUAGGUCUAUUGGCACUCUUAUUGUCCCCAAGUGGGUCUCAGCUCCAUUUUGGCCCAUGCUCUUUGGUCCCAUUCCCCCUUUUCCGUUUGCGUUAAAGAGACCAUUGUUUUUACCUAUGUUUCUAAUAUUUUUGUUCCGGGCUCUACAGAGUCUAUUUUUGAUGGCCCUAAAUUUAAGUCUCAUGUAUUAGUCGUCCGUUUGUCGGCUUGUUAGAUUUGUUCUUCUAGGCUUAGUUUCCUUUCCGCAGUUACGUCUAGUUACCUUGUUUCGCCUAUAUUAAAGUGUGGUUUAUUAUUUUGAGUGAUUUGUUCUGUUUUUUCUUUUGCCUCGGUGGCGUUUAUGCGGGUCUCGGUGACCUUGUUUGUACCUUCACUGAUCCCGACGGGUCGUACCGUUACAUUUUUGUGUGACCUCGGCCAGUUUUUAAUCCUUCCAGGUCCCCCAUUCAUAUGGUCGCGUGCGCCUCGGUGGCCACUCUCUUGUUAUCUUAUGUACCUGUGUGAUAGUUGUAUCUACAUAUUACGCGCGUUUCCUUUUACCGCUCCUUUUUUUCUCGUGCAUCUUUCCUUUUUUAAGUCCUUACAUUGAAUCCAUCUAGUCUUCUAUUUCUUCUGUAUUUUCAGAUGUUUUCGCUGGCCCUAUGUGGGCUGAGCGUAACGAUGUCAAAGCUCCCUCCCUACGCUGCUUAGCAGAAAAGCUACCGGAGUUAGUCCUUGGUUGCAGGGCAGAUUCCACUACUCUCACCUACCUCAACGGUUUUAAGCGAUGGCGUGCGUUGGGCCAACAGAUUUCCCGAGGUCGUAGAGCUGCCUGCUACACCGGCUUAUGUUUCUUUAUACCUGCUCAGUGUUCUCCAGGCUUCUAG